AUGGCGCAGCAAAAUGGGACGCCGGGGGCGCCGCAGCUGUUGUCAGGCGGCGCCGCCGCCGCCCAGCCGCAGGCGCCACCUGCCGCAGCGCCGCAGCCCCCCCAACCGCCGCAGCCGCCGGCGGCCGACCAGGCCAACGGCGCCGGCAGCGGUGCCCCGCGUGGCCCUCUGAUCGGUCGCGCAGGGUUCCUGCACAUCUCCGAGAGCCUGAAGAAGGAUGGCCCCGACCGCACCAUUGCCGACAUGCAGCGGCUGCACGGCCUCAGCCACCCGUUAUGCCGGCCGCUGCUGGAGCUCACGGACCACCUGCAGCUCGCCGCGCGGCAGCGCAGCGCGGUCGGGGCCGCGGCGGCCGCGAGCGCGGCCAACGACGCGCGGCAGGCGGCGCUCGCUGCGCGCGAGGAGGAGGAGGUGCAGGGGCGGCUGGAGGCGCUGCUGGGGGCGAGCUUUGCUUACCUGGGAAUGCCGGAGCUGAAGCAGAUCCCCUUGGAGGUGCUCAACUCGAUGGAGCGCGUUCCCGCGCCCUUUUUGAAGCUGCUGGCGGAGGACAGGGAGGUCUUCAACAGCCUGCCGCAGAGGGUCAAGCAGCAGGUGUGGGAGUACGACAAGGGCCUGCUGCAGAGCGUGGCCAUCGAGACCAUCGCCACAUACAAGUACGAGGCAGCCACCCUGCUGUCGUGCCUGGACAUGCGCCAAUUUGCGGCGGCGCCGGCGGCGGCGCGCCCCUGCCGCCGCGGCCGGGCGGGCGCGGCGUGA